AAAAACUUUGUUAUUGCAACUCUGCUCCGCCUUCCUCCUCAGGUCUCAAAAUCUCAAAGACUCAAACUUUGAUUUCGAAUCCGCAGGAAAAAACAUGGGUAAAACUGAAAAGACUGAAAAGGCCAAAGAGAGAAGAGAAAAGCGACGCCAGGAGAUCUCUCUUCUCAGAACCAUCCCCUAUUCCGAUCACCAAAGGUGGUGGUCGGCUGAAACCAUUGCGGUGGUGACCGGAGGCAAUAGGGGCAUUGGAUUUGAGAUUACUAGGCAACUUGCGGCGCAUGGAGUGACUGUUAUACUUACAUCCAGAGACCCCAAUGUGGGACUUGAAGCGGCUAACGUCCUACAAGAAGGGGGUCUCAAUGUGUUUUUUCAUCAGCUGGAUGUGUUGGAGCCAGUGUCCAUCAAAGAGUUUUGUGACUGGUUGGUGGAAAACUAUGGUGGUUUGGAUAUUCUGGUGAAUAAUGCAGCGGUUAAUUACAAUCAGGGGUCUGAUAAUUCUGUGGAGCAUGCAGCUCAAGUGUGCUUUACGAAUUAUUAUGGCACCAAAAAUAUGAUUCAGGCUCUGAUCCCCUUGAUGAAGCAUUCAUCUGCCGGAGGUCGUAUUGUUAAUGUGAGCUCAAGAUUGGGGAGACUAAAUGGUAAACGAAAUAAAAUUGAAGAUCAGAAUUUGAGAGAACAACUUGCCAAUACGGAAACGCUCACAGAGGAAAUUAUUGAUGGAGCAGUAAACAGUUUUCUAAAACAAGUAGAAGAGGGCACAUGGGAAUCAGGUGGAUGGCCUAAAACGUUUACUGACUACUCGGUAUCAAAACUUGCGGUCAAUACUUACACCAGGCUAAUGGCAAAGAUACUCUCUGAUAGACCUGAAGACGAGAAGAUCUAUAUCAACUGUUACUGCCCAGGUUGGGUAAAGACUGCUAUGACAGGCUAUGCUGGGAACAUAUCAGCUGAAGAAGGAGCUGACACUGCAGUUUGGUUGGCCUUGCUUCCAGAUCAGGCAAUAACAGGGAAAUUUUUCGCUGAGAGACGUGAGAUAAAGUAUUGAGGUCAUCUGGCUGAAGACUGAAAGUUUGUGAAAUAGUUCAAUUGCUUAUCCUGGACUGAUAUCCACCACAACCAAGAUGAAAGUGAAAAAUCUAUUGGAAACAAGUCUUUAGCACUGCAUUGUGCCGUGAAGGAAUACUCUGGUAGUGUUGACAAAGGUAGUCAGCAACUACCAUUGUAGGAUGGAGACGGAAAUGAUAGAUCCUCUGAUGCAAGUGAUAUCAGCAUAGGUAUGUCACUUGUUUUUGUGUCAUCGGAAGUCAGAAUUCUUUAAGCACCAUUUUGUUCCGGUCCUUCUAAGUAAUCGGAUUAAGAGUAGAUCAAGCUGGGGAAUUGUAGUUAUUGUUAUGCCUCUGUUUCUUUUAUUUAGCUUUACACACUCUCAAUGCAAGUGGUUUUUCUUGGUGCA